AUGAAAUUACACUUUUUUGAACCCGAAACAUCAAUUAAAAUUGAGCAGAGAAGUAAGGUUCAGAGAAAGAGAAAACCAAACAUUUUCAUUGAAUAUCGUAAAUUAAUGAAACGUUAUAAACCACAUAAGAUGCCAAUGACAACUUACAGCAAAUAUAUUGCAAAAGAAUGGUACAAUUUAUCGGAAGAUGAAAAACAAAAAUUACGAAGAAACUAUCACAUCACUCGAGACACGGAUGAAGCUCAAAUUAGUGAAAGUGCGAACCUUAACCCUUUGACCGAGUCAGAUUUCGUUAUCAAUGAAGUUUCUAACUUAUGGGAAAGACAACAUCAAUUUCUUUACGAUCAAAAUUUCUUCGAUAUAGCUGAUGCAUAUGAUCCAACGGCCAUUGACCCCAAAGCCAAUAUAUACCUUGGAUACUAUAAUCUUUAA